ACGCAUUCCGGCGACUUCUCCGAUCGUUUUUCCGAUGGGGAGAGAAUGAAGGAGAAUCGGAGACCACGACGACGGCGAUCAUGUCACUUUCAUGCUCAGACUGCUUCUCCGACCUACUCUGCGGCGAGGACUCCUCCGGAAUCCUGUCCGGAGAGUCGCCGGAAUGCUCGUCGGACAUAGAAUCUCCGGCGUGCAGCGAGGAAUCCAUCGCCGGAUUCAUCGAAGACGAACGCAAGUUUGUCCCCGGGUUUGACUACUUGGCUAGAUUUCAGUCUCACUCCCUCGAUAUCUCCGCCAGAACCGAUUCCGUUGCAUGGAUUCUGAAGGUCCAAACCUUCUACGGAUUUCAUCCACUAACGGCGUAUCUCUCCGUCAACUACUUGGAUCGGUUCUUAUAUUCCCGCCGGUUGCCGCAAGCAAAUGGGUGGCCAAUGCAACUUUUAAGUGUUGCAUGCUUGUCAUUAGCUGCCAAGAUGGAGGAACCCCUGGUUCCUUCGUUGUUGGAUCUGCAGGUUGAAGGUGCGAAGUUUAUUUUCGAACCCAGAACAAUCCGAAGAAUGGAGCUUCUAGUGCUGAGUGUUUUGGACUGGAGGCUACGAUCUGUAACACCAUUCUGCUUCAUCGCUUUCUUUGCGUUCAAGCUCGAUUCAAUUGGAACCUUCGUUGACUUUCUUAUUCAACGGGCCACAGAAAUCAUUUUAGCGAAUAUCCAAGAGGCUAGCUUUCUUGAAUACUGGCCAUCAUGCAUUGCUGCAGCAGCAAUACUUUCUGCGGCUAAUGAAAUCCCGAAUCUAUCCCUUGAAAAUCCGGAGCAUGCUGAAUCAUGGUGUGAUGGACUAAGCAAAGAGAAGAUAAUCGGCUGCUACCGAUUAAUGCAAGAACUGGUGCUGCAGAAUAAUCGGAAAAAUAAGUCGCCUACUAUUGUGUUACCACAGCUUCGGGUUACAGUUCGGGCCAGAAUGAGGUCAAGUACUCCUACUACUGACUCAUCCUCGUCCUUCUCAUUAUCAUCAUCCUCCUCGUCAUCACCAUUAUCAUCGUCGUAUAAGAAGCGGAAAUUAAAUAACUGCUUGUGGGUAGAUGAUGACAAAGGAAGCUCCGAGUAAGGGGAGAUAUGAAAGUAAACUAAUAAAGGAGAAAAGAAAAGAAAAUGGUGGUCCAGGAAAACCUCGAUAUUUUUUUGGAGGGUUUUUGGGAUUGAAUUGACUUGAUCGAAUGGAGCGAGCUUCUCUGUAGAUUAUAUAUAUACACCUAUAUAUAAUGUAUGUACGUAUGGGAGUUUGGUGAGUUUAUAGUUUUAUGAUUACUUUUUUCUUUAGGUGGGCAAUUGCCAUUGAUUAAAAAUGGCUUUGCAGAUUCCCAAGGGAGGGGGAUUUGCCCUUGUUUUGAUUUAUAAAUAUUUUUGGUGAAGAAAAAAAAGAGUGAGAGAUGGGUUCUCUUCUGUGGUGGAGAGUCAUAAAGUGUGAAAGAAGUGGUGGGAUUGAAUAUUUCAAAGGCCAUUGAUUAUUGAAGUGAAAGGAUUUAGCUCUUGUGGGACAUGAAAACGAAAAGAAAGAAAGCUAGGGUUGGCAGCAAGCUAUUAGGGUUUUCUUCAACUUUGAAGUUUGAGCUCGCUCUCAUGGAGACUUACAACAGGGCGCUUCAUUCGGCGACUUUUGAACGGAGAGAGAAUCUUCAAAUCUUCAAUGGCGGUAUCAUCGAUCCAUUUGAUUCAGAGAGCUUUUGAGUGGUCUGUGUGCUUCUGGUACGUGGCACACAAUCCGUGUAUUAUGUGUUCAUUUUUUGGCGGGAAAUUGCCUGUUUUUUUUUUUUUUUUUUCUUUGUUAUGGGCCAUGAGGUGGAGCCCAAACCAUAUUGAACCUGGUGUUCGCAUGCGUGGUGCGUGGCCACACUUGCCCACACUUUUGUUUUUUAAUUCUCUUUCAUUUUUUUAUUUGUUAAUACUCUUUUUUUCUUUAAUUAAGAGGAGAAACCUCUUGAUUAGUCUGAUACCCGGGGUCUUUGGGGCCUUUCAAGUGUGUUGUAUUUGAUUCAUCAUCAAUAAG